UAAAUUGUAUUCGCACAGCGCCAUUUUACAGAAACACUGUCACAAAGACGCUUUACAGCAGCAAUAGAAAAAACAUUGUGCAAAAACCCGGCCUGAACCCCCAAAAAGGCGAGCAAAUUAAGUUUUAAAUAAUCCCCAGUAGGAAGAAAAACUCUCAAAUUGUGGCAGGAAUCUUUGGAGGAACCCGGUUAUACCGGGGAAGCCCAUCCUCCGGGGUUGGGUUGGUAGGCCGACACCAUUAACGUACACUCCCUAGAAAACAUGCCGCAACACAGUUUCUGUGUUGGUCCGCUGUAUCAUGCGUAAACACAACUGGUUUAGCCAGUCAAGUGUUUUGUCCACAGACCAGAUAAAGCAAACAGGUGCCUACCGUUAAUCGUUCCCUUGGGUCGGUUACCGCAUCUAGCUUGUUCAAGAUUUGAGUAAAAGUGUGGGCCUAUUGAUUUUUUUUCGAUAAUUUGUUAUUUUUAUAUUGAUCUGCUAUUACAGUUUUUGGCCUAAGAUACCGAGGACCAUGGCAGACGCGUCAGGCACCAAAGCGCUCAGGUGCCUUGUCAUCUUUGGAUGCGUGUUCACCGCUAUGUGCGGCUUGGCUCUCAUGGCCGUGGCCAUAUGGGUGGUGGUUGACCCGUUCAACCUGUACUCAAUAGCAGACGUGUCGGGGAAGGUCGACAUUUUCGCGGGGGGCUGGAUCGCCAUAUUCACGGGCUUCGCCUUCUUCUGCGUGGCCUGCUUCGGCGUUUUCGCUGCCCACAGAAAAAGCCGCGGUGGGAUGCUGGUGUACCUCGUCUUGAUGCUGAUCGUCUACAUUUUCGAGUGUGCAUCGUGCAUCACUGCCGCGACUCACAGAGACUACCUGGUGGGCAACAGUAACCUGGUGAAGAAGCAGAUGCUGCAGUACUAUGCGGCUAACAGCACCGCUGGAGUAAAGAUCACCAAAACAUGGAACCAAGUCAUGGAAAAUGUGCAGUGCUGUGGAGCCGACAGUCCUCUGGACUGGAUCCAGUACACCUCCACCUACAACCAGAAUUUCGGUCCCGUCAACCAGUGGCCCUUCAGCUGCUGCAGGAGGAACGCCAACUUUGAGGUGAUGAACCUGGCGGCCUGCAAGAUCGGCCACAGCAGCAGCAUUUACACCCAGGGCUGCUUCCAGUACAUCCAGUCCAAGCUGAGCCUGUACACCUGGGCCAUUGGCUGGUACGGCUUUGCGGUCCUCAUGUUCGUGUUUAUCCACAUGUUGGUCGCCAUGGUGUACUACAUAAAGCUCUGAGAAAACGGCCCGCCCCCCCUCCCCCCAGAUCAAGUUGUGCCCCCUGCCUUCGAUGACUGCAUCCUGCUGCUUUCUCCAGCGCUGUGAAUAUUUUAAAAAUCCCAAAGAAUUCAACGAGCAAUACACCAGGGACCCCGCACAGCAGAGGCCAGAGAACAGCAAUGACAUAAAGCAUAAUGCAAUGGCAAGGCUGUGUACAUCUGCUUGACCAAUAGAUGCAAAAACUAUGGGCCAGUUUCACAGACACAGAUGAAAGCCUAGUCCGAGACUAAAGGCUCAAUUUUGAGUGAGGACUCGCCAUACGAAGCUCAGUUUAGUCUAGGAAGCUUAAACUGUGCCUGUGAAACCAGCCCUGUAUUUGGCACUGGAGUAUUGCAUUGUGUUGUAUUAUAUUGUCUUAAAGGAGAAUCUUCAGUUUACAUUUUGAAAAUCCUACAGCACAGUGGAGUUGCGUAUUGCAGCAGUUUAUCAUUGAAAUUCAGAAACGACACAAACAACCAUUUAUUUUUAAGUCGUUUGCAAUAAAGUCCUUGUUUUCAAACAUUUCAGCUUUUUAAAUUGAAUUCUGCUUGAUAAACGGGGGUGCAAGUGAAACCUCAAAAACAUUCGGAUUGGCAGGGUUGUGCUGUAUAUAAGUAUACAAGUUUGAAUAAUCAUUAUAAAAUUGACGACAAAAUUGAAUAACAUUGAAUUUGAUUUAAUUCACAAUUAAACCAGGCUAGUACUGAACAUGGGGAUCAUUGACAGUCCUAUGGUUUCGGUGGUCCCAAACAAGAAUAUUGUUGUGGCCCCAAAAUGCUCAAUGACUGCAUAAUGUUUAUGCCAGCGACCGGCCCACACAGGGAUAGUGGUGCAGUAUCACUUGUUAAACCGCAACUUGAGAUCAUUUAUUUUCUUGCUGUUGAAAUCAGAUCAUACUCAAAUGAGAUGUGUAACCAAAUUAAAUUGUUUUGAUUGAAGAGUGUGAAUGUGCAUUGCAACUGUACUCAUUAGAGUUUGUGGGUUUGUAUGGAUGUAAUCCUCAUUAAAUGUUUCUAUUUACAUUGCU